CAAUUAAUCAUUACACAUUUUUUCUGAAUUAAAAAUAUAUGUGCGCAUGUGAUAUUACAAGUAUGUGACGUUUCUGAUCAUCCGAUAUUACGUCAUCAGUAUUCCCCCUUUUUGUAACUGGCGCUCGUUCUAUCGUGAAACACCUAUUCGCAUAUAUUCCGUGUAUUUAAACGUAUUUUAUACAUUAAAAGUGAUUACUGUAUUGUGUAAAAUUAAUGUUUAUUUAAUCGUGUUAGCUAAAAUUGUAAUUAUUAACUAAUUUACUCCAACAAUCAAGAAAUCUUAAACAACGUAACUGCGGCAAUUUCAAACAUUCAGUAAUUCAUAUUGAAAACUAUUUAAUACCAUUUAAAAAAAUAUAACCAAUUAUGACAAUAAAAUUUGGAAUACGUAGCUCCUACGAGCUUGUUACGUGACUUCUUUCUUUCAAAGUUAGAAUAAAUUAUAGAAAUUCUGGUUGAAAAUCAUCCGCAGCACGAUAUUUUGGUACUUUUAUUCCCGACAGUUGUGAAAAGAAAACUAGAUUCAAAUAAAGGGUUUUUAUGGAUCUGACAUUGAAACUCUAAAAAAUGUCUAGGAAGCGUGUGAGAGAAGAAAUUAUGUUGAAUUCUACACCAUAUUCAGAUAUUCAGAAUGGGGAAGAUGCAUCAUGCUCAAAAGAAGAUUCUCCCAUUUGUCCUCUGGUGACAAUGACUUGGGGGACCAACAGGAAUUCAAAUAAUGAAUCAAGUCAAAUUUCACUAAAAAAAUAUAAUAGUGAAAUUUCUGUUAACCACAAAGAACUUCCAUCAAUCUGUAAUGAAGCUCCUUUCAGUGAUGAUCCAGAAGCACUAGCUGAAAGAAAUGCAUGUGAUUAUAAUAUACGCAUUACAUUGAAAAUGGCAAAAAAUGGCAAAGCACCAAGGAGAAUCAGGGUAUAUGCAGAUGGUAUUUAUGAUCUAUUUCAUCAAGGACACGCACGGCAACUUUUACAAGCAAAAAAUAUUUUCCCUAAUGUAUACCUUAUUGUUGGAGUCUGUAAUGAUGAACUAACACACAGUAAAAAAGGCAGAACAGUCAUGACAGAUACUGAAAGAUACGAUGCAGUAAGGCAUUGUCGUUAUGUAGAUGAAGUAGUUAGGGAUGCACCUUGGGAAUUGGAUGAUGAGUUUCUUACAAAACAUAAGAUUGACUUUGUUGCUCAUGAUGAUAUACCCUAUAUGACAGAUGACAGCACAGACGUUUAUGCAAGUUUGAAAGCUAAGGGUAUGUUUGUGGCUACUCAAAGGACAGAAGGAGUAUCAACAUCAGAUAUUGUAGCAAGAAUAGUCAAAGAUUAUGAUAUAUAUGUAAGAAGAAAUCUUGCACGAGGUUACAGUGCCAAAGAGCUCAAUGUUUCUUUUCUCAGUGAAAAGAAAUUCCGUUUACAAAAUAAAUUUGAUGAUUUGAAAGAUAAGGGUAAACGAGUUAUGGAGAACAUUGGUGAAAAACGUAUGGACAUAAUUAGUAAAUGGGAAGAAAAAUCUCGAGACUUUAUAGAUGCUUUUCUUCUACUGUUUGGAAGAGAAGGCAGAUUGUCGACAAUUUGGAAUGAAAGUAAAGGUCGUUUAAUGCAAGCACUAUCUCCUCCAGCAAGUCCCAAAAGAGAUGGCAGUCCAAAUGGGAGUAAUAGCAGCAAUAAUGAUGAAGAUCAGACAAGUCCACCACCGCAAAAGACUGGUCGUUAUGAAUGUUCACGGAAUAAUUAUUAUUUGAGUGAUGACUAUAGCGAUGACGAAGAGGAAAACUUACACUCUAAAUGAUAACCCGUGUUGUCACAAUCGUAUUCUUCAUUCUGACCAAAAAUGUCGUGCAAUCUCUUUAAAAAUGUUUAAAGAUAUUUUCAUACAGCUAUGUGAUUUGCUGAUAUGGAUUUUAAUGCUGUGCUUGAUAGUCUUUCUAUGGUAUGAUUUCAUACUAUAUACAAUAUAAAAUUAUUAUCUGUUAUGGCAUAGAAAUUGAAUCCGAUUAUGGAUUAUUAUAUACAAAUUAAUAUAUGUAUUAUGCAUGAAUUACAUACAGAAAUCACAUAGAUUAUUUAAAACAUCAUCUGCAACUAUUCUCGGGAGUUUCUUCAUUAUCAUUAUUUGCAUUCUUAAUAAUAAGUUCCUAUGUUUUGAAAGAUACUUCAUUAUUCAAUUUCGAUUUCAUACUUCAUUACAUGAAUUUACAAUAGUAUGGAGGUACUUUUUCAUACUUUAUACAGAAAAAUUUGUUUCGUAUGUUCAUUUGAUGAUUUUCAAUAAUAAUCAAUUAUUUUAUUCCUAAUUUUAUAUAACAUUUUUUACAAGUUACCUCAUAAAUAAUCGUUUAAAUGUUACAUAUAUAUAGAUAUAUUGCAAGCAAUAUUUUUUGUUGCAGUAAGUAUUAAGUUAUGUUAUAACUUAUUACUGAUGUAAUCAAUGGUACCAAAAUGUAAAGUAGCGAAAAAUUCGUCGAAUAUUAUAUAAAUUUUAUUUAAACGUACCAAGGAGAUUACAAAAGUGAAUAGCACAGAACAAAUUUAAAUGUAUUAUUUUACAGAUGAUUAGCUUAGUUAUGCAUUAUUUAUUUUAAAAAACAAAUUCACCCGUUUUUAGCUUUCAGUGUUAUCUUUUGAGAAAAUAAUUAUUCGAGCAGCAAAUUAAUAAUAACUUAUUUUUAUCAUUAGAUAAUUGUGUGUAGGAAGAUAUUAAUAGAAUUCGAUUGAUAAAAAUUAAUCAAAAUCAAUUAAAUAAGCAUUAUAAGGUGAUAUCAAUAUAGAAAUCGUGUUUUUAAAUAUGGUGCUUUUAUUUAAAAAAUAUGCAGAUAUGAUAACCCUGAAAUGGUACAACCAUUUUUGUACUUUUAAAUCAUAACAUAGUUUUAUAAUAGCAUAUUUAUCAAGUAUGUGAAUGAAAUAUUUUUUAAUACAUAGGUAAAUGUAUAAUAAAGAUUAUUUAUUCUUAUGUUCAAUAUGUAGUAUCCAAAAUAAUGUAAUUUUUCACAUAAAUUGUCUACUCCGUUUAUAGUUCUAAGGCUAAGGCUAAAAUUAGGAGAAUUUUAGAUUUAAAUCCAAAAAUGAAACUAACAUGAAAGACCUGUAAAAAAUGUGUAUAGAUUUAUAUACAUUGAUAUGCUUUUGUUUCUUAAAAACGUACCGAUGGUGCCUGAGUUUGAGAUUUAUUUAAAUACAUCACAAAAUGGUAUAUUUCUUUAAAGCAUGCAAAAUUUUAAAUACAUUAAUAUUUGCUUCCUAAAAAAAGCUGGCACAUAACUUAAUAGCAUAUAAUAAUAUAUCGUGUAUAUUUGAUGAUUAGACAGAAAGUUGUUCUGUAAUUAACAAUCUCAAAUAAUAUAAAAUUAUGUUCCGAGAUUCUAAACCAAAAUAUUUACAUAUUCAUUAUCAAAGAUUUUAAUCUCUACUUAAAUGUAAACAUGAAAUAGAAUAAUGUUCCGUUUUAUUUAUAUAAGAAAUUAAAAAAUAAAAAUUGUUCGAUGAAA